AUCAGAUCAGACUUUAUUUCAGCUCAGAGAGUAGUUUCUUAAACAGAAAAUUCAGUAAUUUUAAAACAAAUUAACACAAACACUGAAAACUCGUAUAUUCAGAUAAACAAAAUGGCAUUAGAUAAUUUAAGCAGUGAAUCGGAUGAGGAAUCCAUUAUAAAUCUUGCCGAUCAUCCAAUACCGUUUCCCUUACCAGCGCAUGAAGAUUCGGCCAUCUGUCGCGAUCAAUUUCUUAACAAGCUACUGAAACCCUAUGAACAUAUUGAAGAAUGGGAACAACAGUUUGUAAGAAAGUCAUCGGUUCGAUAUCAGUCUACAACGGCCGAGGGAAUGGCUAUAAUAAAGAUGCUGCAAACACGCAAAACGAUUAAGAUUGAGGACAUAAUCGAAUUCCGACCAUUGAUUACAUGGGAAGAGUUACAGGUGCUAUACAAGAUCUUCCUCUAUCAGUUUCAAAAGGCAGCCAUCGAAUUCCUCUCGGUUCGGCUGAGAAAGCAAAUCGAGACGAUCCUUCACAUAUGGCCAGGUGAAGUCGACAAAAUACCGAACAAGCUCUUCCACUGGACGUGCGAGGAUUUCGUACAGCGCAUCAAAAUCAAUCAACUGUAUCUGGAUGUGCUGGUCAUGGAGAGGACGCAGCAUGAUUUGGAUUGUACCAAAUUUUGUAUUGAUAUUAAGGAAAUUAUACGACUGCUCGAAGCCAUCAAGUUGGACUUCUGUACGGAUCAAGAUAUUUGCAAAAGCUCUAUAGAGCUAUUGAAAGAAUCGAACUAUGAGGUGAACUCAAUCUGGGUAAAGGAACUCGGAGAGCUGCGCGCUGCCCACAAGGAUUUGGUCGUCAUUUCUCAUGGAAGUGCAUGUCGUUUGGAUUCGCAGUUCGGUCCCCGAAUGGUGGCCGAAAAUGACAAGGCUGACGCUUUGAUGCUGAUAGAGAUGCGCUAUCGCGUCAAUUGGCUGCGCAGCUGUGGGGACCAGCAUAAGAUGUGGCUGCAAAGCAAGGAGAACGUCUAUCUGAAUGAGAUAAGAGAGCUGCUGUAUAACAUGAAACAGAAUAGAGAGACAUUUGGGUACGAAGACUUCGUAUGCCAAUAUCAGAUAGACAGCUAUAGGGCGGCAAUUAUCGCCUGGCAGGAGCAGCUCGAUACGGAUAUCGAGGCGGCCGAACUGGAGUGCAAUAUAACGCGUAAUCUGUGGGUUAAGGCCAAGGAUGAUCUCAAAUUCUAUAAUGAUCAAGUGGAAAUGUUUAAAGUCCGAGUCAUGGAGGUACUUGCGCUGGGUAGCGAAGAGGAAGGAUCGCGUACUCGUAGAUCGCGACGCUCCACAAAAUCGCUGGGCUCGCGAAAGAGUAAAUCACCCAGAACUAGUUCGCCCGGCAAGAACAAGAACAAGAACAAGAAAAAGAAGAAGUAAUAUUUAUUCAAAUUUCAAGUCUCUUAGCAAUGCCAAGAACAAAAAGCUACCACAAAAAAAAAACCUGUGUUGGCAACCAAAACAAACCCAUAACAGGAAUAAACUUCAAAUUCUCGGGCCGCGGUACCCCCAAAAAUAGAAUUUCAACACAAAUUGCCCGAAAAGGGAUGUCGUCGUCGUCGUCGACUCCCCACAUCAAAAUCAAAGUCAAGCCAAACAACUUUGUGCAAACAUUUACCAAAUGCAUUUGUCAAAACAGCGAAAUUGUUGUGCGUGCUGAUACCCUGUACUCAUUCGAUUUGCAGAGGCAGGGUUGUGUAAAAUAAAAGCAACUAUCGUUAUAAAA